CACUGAUGCUAACGUGACGAUGCGAAAUGUUUCACUUUUGUGACUCACAUUUCAUUAAGUGAUGAGUCUGCGAUGCCCGUGAUGGUCCCAUUUAAAAUACUGUUUUCGCGUGACUCAUGAAAAUAACGUCUUCACUGAUCGUCAUAAUGGUGUUGUGAGGUGUGGUGUCACUGCUGAGGCCCUUGAUCUUAGACACAGUUCCUGGUAUCCAGCAGACGGCAGCCAUGGCUUUGGGUCGGCUGGCGGACCACAGCACGGACCUGGCUGAGGCUGUGGUGAAAGGAGACAUCCUGCCUCAGCUGAUCAACUCCCUGGUCGCACACAAUAGAUACUACAAAAGAUCGGCAGCAUUUCUGCUCCGAACUGUUUCCAAACACUCCCCGGAGUUUGCCCAGGCUGUGGUGGAUCAUGGAGGGGUCCUCGCACUGGUGCUGUGCCUGGAGGAGUUUGAUAAUGAGGUGAAGGAGGCGGCUGUCUGGGCCCUGAGCAGCGUUGCAAAACACAGCGAAGCUUUGUCGCAGGCGGUGGUGGACGCCGGCGCCGUCCCUCUCCUGCAGCUGUGCCUCCAGGAUCCUGAGAUAUCGCUCAAACGCAUCGCAGCCUCCACCCUGAGCGACAUCUGCAAACACUCUGCGGAACUGGCCCAGGCAGUAGUGGACACCGGCGUGAUCGCAGUCCUGGCCCAGAUGACUUUUAAACCAGAUGUUAAAUUAAAGAGGCAGGUUUUCUCAGCGCUGAGUCAGAUCAGUAAACACUCCCUGAGCCUGGCUGAAAUGGUGAUUGAGGCUGAGGUUUUCCCGGCAGCACUGACCAGUCUGAGGGACCAGGAUGACUUGGUCAAGAAGAACGUCACCAGUCUGAUGAGAGACUUGGUCAAACACACGGCUGAGCUGUCUCAGGUGAUGGUGAAUAUCGGAGGCCUGGGUGCAGUGAUCGACCACCUGGGCGACUGUCGGGGCGCCCUGCGUCUGCCGGGUAUCAUGAUGCUGGGAUACGUGGCUGCUCACACAGAGAGUCUCGCCAUGGCUGUCAUCUACUCAAAGGGGGUGCAACUACUUGCUGCCUGUCUGUCCGAGGAGACCGAACAUCACAUCGAGGCGGCCACAGUGUGGGCCAUCGGUCAGAUUGGACACCACACUCCUGAACAUGCCAAAGCUGUGGCCAGUGCCAACCUGCUGCCCAGACUGCUGGACCUCUACAUGGACGCCAACAGCUCAGUUGACCUGCAGACCAAGAGCAAGAAAGCCCUGAAGAGCAUCCUGCACAAGUGCACCUACCUGCCAGCUCUGGAGCCCCUGCUCUACAACGCCCCCUGCAACAUCCUCAAACACGUGGUGUGUCAGUUCAGCAAGGUGCUGCCGCACGACAGCAAGGCUCGCCGCUUGUUUGUGACCAGUGGCGGGUUGAAGAAAGUCCAGGAGAUUGAGGCGGAGCCUGGGUCGGCGCUGCAGGAGCACAUCAACUCCAUCAACAGCUGCUUCCCCGAGGAGAUAGUCAGGUACUACUCGCCCGGCUACUCGGAGGCCCUGUUGGAGAGGCUGGACAACUUCCAUCCAUUCUGACUGUCUCAGGCACGUGUUUUGACUGUGAGGAGCUUCUGCUGCAGUAGUUCAGUGUGUUUCAUGAGGAUGUCUCUGUUGAAAUGUUCCUGCCAGAGUGUGUAAUAAAGGCAGCGUAAAGUCGUUAGACUGUUUUUGUGCUCUUUUAAUUGUGACGCUGAAGCGGCGUCUGGGUGAUCCUAGUGCCACCUGGCGGCCGUUGCCUGUCUGUGCAGUUGUGCCUUAUAAAAGGAGAUGAAGCUUGCGGUGUCGUGCUCUGUUAUUUUGCCAUCACAUCUGUGGUGACUUUUGUUAAAUGAUACAGUUAUAAUUAUUAAAGGAC